AUGGACGCAAAUUAUACGACACCAGACUGGUGCUGGCAGUUACUUUAUGAUCCAUUUGCUAAAACGGGGGAUACUUUUCUGGUCGUUUCUCCUGGAUCGAUUCUCGUAUUUGUUUCAAAUGCAGAAGCAAUUCAUCAGAUCACAAGUCGUAGAGAUGCCUUCCCCAAACCUCUCAAAUCAUACCGUAUCCUCGAGAUUUUUGGUCGGAAUAUUAUAACAACCGAAGGAAUUGAAUGGAGGGAGCAUAGAAAGAUCUCUGCACCCACUUUUACGGAAAAGAAUAAUGCGCUGGUGUUUGCCGAAUCUUGUAUACAAGCACAGGGGAUGUUGAGAAAAUGGCUAGGUCCUGAUGGAAGAGGAGAUUUGACUUUGAAAGAAGUGCCCACCGAUACAAUGCGAAUCACGUUGCAUAUAAUAAGUAAGAUUGGAUUUGGAGUCCGUUUAUUAUGGCCAGGGGAAAAACCGAAGACCAAGGAACAAGAAUCUGUUUAUAGCAGCAAUGAAGCACCUGAAGGUCAUACCAUGAGCUUCGAGAGAUCUUUGAGUACACUUUUAGAGACUUUAAUCUGGGUUCUUUUUCUUCCAAAAUGGCUUCUGAAAUUGAUGCCUUUCCAUUCCGCUCAAAAGGCAUUGGAAUCUUUCGAAAACUGGGGUCAAUACAUGAAUGAAUUAUUUGCCCAAAAGGCUCAGGAGGCUACGGAAGGUAAAGAAAGCGAGGGUAUGGAUAUAAUGGGCUCUUUAGUGAAAAGUUCAUACGGGCCAACGAGCGCGCAAGUGUCUUCUAAAACAUCACCCAGCCGAGUUGAAAAAGGUCAAGCUAAACGAGUUGCCCUUUCGGAUUCCGAAAUCCUCGGUAAUGCGUUCGUCAUGAUUGUCGCUGGUCAUGAGACUACCGCAAACUCGAUUCACUUCUCCCUUAUGGAAUUGGCCAUCAACCCUAGAUCUCAACGACAAAUACAAGAGGAGGUCCAGAAAAUAUUUGGCGAUAGCGCCCCUGAGACUUGGGAUUAUGAUACAAAUAUAAACACCCUCUUGGGCGGUACGCUGGGAGCCACGCUCAAUGAACAACUCCGACUCAUGCCUCCUGUGGUAAAUAUCCCUAAAUCAGUGGGUCAAGGCCAUGAUCAAACAAUCUUUAUUGAUGGAAAGAAGAUAAUCCUUCCCGCUGGAGCUCAUAUCAAUCUCAAUACUGUUGGUGUCCAUCGAAAUCCUAGAUAUUGGCCGAACGAGCCCUCUAAGAUCACAUCGAGGGACGAUGAUCUCAAUGAUUUCAAACCUGAGAGAUGGCUCAUUAAGCAAGUAGGAAAAGAUGACAGCGCGGCCGAAUCUUCCGAGGAGGAUGAUUUUGGUAGCUUUACAGGGAACAACGCAUCAGCAGCGUUAUUCCGCCCAGCAAGAGGCUCGUAUAUUCCAUUCUCUGAUGGCGCUCGAUCUUGCUUAGGACGAAGAUUGGCUCAGGUCAAAAUUAUGGCUGUACUUGCUGUGAUUUUCCAAAAGUACUCGAUAGAGCUUGCUGUUGAUGAAUGGGCUACAGACGAAGAAGUUUUGGCCAUGUCCAUCGACGAGAAAAAAGAAUUGUACAGUAAGGCGCAAAGGAAAGCAAGAGAGACGAUCAGAGGGGCUACGUCAGUCAUCACUUUGAAACUCCACCCAGGUUUCAUCCCAGUGCGAUUGAUGAAGAGAGGAGAGGAGCGCUUUGUAAAUAUUGUGGAUUAG